AUGCCAGAAACCACCUACAUAAACGGCUACCACCCUUCAGUGCUAGCAACACACAACGCCCGCACAGCCCAAAACUCCUGCCAAUUCCUCCUCCCAACCCUCUCCACCUUAUCCACAACCCACGCAUCUUUUUCCCUCCUCGACGCCGGCUGUGGUCCAGCGAGUAUAACAAUCUCUCUCGCCCUCCUUUUCCCUGCCGCAAGAAUCACAGCAUUAGAUCUUUCGUCCAAAGCUCUUGAACCAGGGCGUCACGCAGCAAAACAGCAAAACGUGAGCAACAUCGAGUUCAAGGAGGGAAAUGUAUAUACCCUGCCUUUCGCAGAUGAAAUCUUCGAUGUAGUACAUGCACAACAAUUACUCUGUCACUUACCCGAUCCCAUCAAAGCAAUUGCCGAACUCCUCAGAGUUACCAAAAAGGGAGGUGUGUUGGCGCUCAGAGAAGCAGAUACAAGGGCCAUAUUCUUUUAUCCUGAACUACCUCUUUUGAAGAAGAAUUGGGAACUCUUUGCAAAGACCAUGGAGGGGGAGGGCAAUACAGGGGAUACGAGUGCUGGUAGGAAAUUGAGGAAAUGGGUUAGAAGUGCUGGGGUGAAGGAGGAAGAGGUGAGGUGUAGUGCAGGGACUUGGUGUUACAGCUCCGAGGUUGAGAGGGUGGCUUUUGGGGAGGCGUGGAUGGAGAGGGUGGUGGAGAGCGAAUUCGCAGUCAAAGUCGUUGAGCAAGGUCUUGCCACGAAACAAGAAAUGGCAGAGAUUCGCGAAGGGUGGAGAGAAUGGUCUCAAGACCCAGAUGGUUGGCUAUGUAUCCCUCACGGAGAAGCCUUGAUCACAAAUAUCUAA